GAGGUCCUGCCCAUCUCUAAGAGAAGAUCCUUCCCCUUCCUCGGUGCCUUGUCCCCUCAGAGUUUUGCCCUAGUGUGGCUGAUGGGGCAGGAUGGAGUUUCUUGGAACCACUCAAACCGCCAAUUACUGUGGCCCCAAGAAAGGCUGUGGCUUCAGUACGCUGCCCCCGGCUGUGCCAGCCCCAGAGAUCCAGGAAUGUUACCAGCCCUAUUACCUGCCUGGGUACCGCUGCCUCAACUCCUGGAGACCCAGCCUCCUCUACAAGAUCUCCAAUGCCCAGACCUGCGUGGAUGAGGGAGCCACGUGCCGCAGCACCCUGCGGCCACCCACCAUCCUGCCCGCGCUGCGCUCUGCGCUCUUCUGCCGCUACAACCCCCACGACUGGGACCAGUCCAAUGAGCUGCAGAUGCGCGGGGCCGAGGCCUCUCGGCUAUGGGCCAGCCGGCUGACGGGCGACUCCAUGCGGCUCAUGCAGGACAAGGACCAGCUGACGCGCCAGAUGCAGGAGGGCACCAGCCGGAACCUGGGCCAGAGGCUGUCGGACAUUGGCUUCUGGAAGUCUGAGCUGUGCUACGAGCUGGAGAGGCUUCUGAACGAGAGCUACAGCUUGGAGACAGUCAAGAGGCGGCUGGAGUGUGCGGCCGAGGAGCUCAACUGUCCACUGCAGGUGGCUCUGGAGUGCCUGUACCAUAGAGAGAAAAGGAUUGGGAUUGAUUUGGUCCAUGACGAUGUGGAGAAGAAUCUUAUCUGGGAAGUAGAUUUGCUAAAAUGUUGCCAAGAACAGAUGAGAAAACUAGCUCAAAGAAUUGAUAUCCAGAUGCGGGAUAACCGAGAUGCUCAGCAUGCUCUGGAGAGGGACCUGGAGGACAAAACCUCAGCCCAGUUUAUUGAUGAGAAGUGCUUUAACCUGAGGAACACGUCAGACUGCAUCAGCUUUUUCCAUGGCAUGGAGAAAGUCGAUGGCACGAUCUCUGUGCCUGAGACCUGGGCCAAGUUCAGCAAUGACAACAUCAGGCACUCGCAGAACAUGCGGGCCAACUCCAUCCGGCUGCGCGAGGAGGCUGAGAACCUCUUCCAGACCUUGUCAGAUCAGCUCUGGAAGCAGUUUACCCACACCAACCUGGCCUUCAGCGCCCGAAUCUCCGAGGUGACAGACGUGAAGAAUAAGCUGCAGAUACAGCUGGCUAAGGCCUUUCUCCUCCUCCUCCUGUCCCUCCCUCUGAAUACUAACUGGCUGACUCCAGUGGAUGUUGGAAAUUGGAAACACAACCAGCCUUGGUACCUGCCCCUCUCCGGUGUUCACAGCGUCCUGGCUGACCAGAGGGGCUCCAGCUGCUUUCCUGAGGUUGCUUUAGGAAGAGUGCAACACCCCAUGCCCCCCGCCACCUACCAGACGCUGCAGGAGAUCUUCCAGGCGGAGAAUACCAUCAUGCUUCUGGAAAGGUCCAUCAUGGCCAAGGAGUGCCCGCUGAAGGUGGCGCAGACGAGGCUGGAAUGCCGGACCCGGCGUCCCAAUGUGGAGCUGUGCAAGGACAUCCCACAAUUCAAGCUUGUGAAUGAGGUGUUCACCAUUGAUGACACCUUACAGACCCUCAGGCUGAGACUGCGGGAGACGCAGGACACGCUGCAGCUGCUGGUAAUGACCAAGUGCCGGCUGGAGCACGAGCUGGCCAUCAAAGCCAACACCCUCUGCAUCGACAAAGAGAAGUGCAUGAGCAUGCGCAAGACCUUCCCCUGCACGCCGCGCCUGGUGGGCUACACCUGAGCCACUGCCGGCCUGGCCCCGCCCCAGCAUCCUGCUCUGCACCCGAUCCCUGUGCAGCAUAGAAAUGGAAAAGGCAGAAAAACAAAAUAAAGUGUCAUUUUUCUCCCUCUCCUCCUAUCAUGGAAAAAAAAACCCCAAAUUAUAUAAAUAUAUAUAUUAAGAGCCAAAUAAACAUGCCCAAACCAAA